CAUUUCAUUUGAUUUCCAUAACUAAGAACUUCUUCGAUUGUUUUUGUCCACUCACACAAACAGAGAUGGGGGUGGGUAUAAUGGAGGUGAAACUGAUCGGAGCUAAGGGCCUUAAACGCACCGAUUUCUUAGAUAUGAUACAGGUAGGAUCGACCCUUAUGUUAUGAUUCAAUAUAGAGACGAAGAAUACACUAGCACUACUGCUAAAGGGCAAGGUAGGAAACCAGUGUGGAAUGAAGAGUUCAAAUUUAGGGUGGAAUUCCCAUCACUCGAUGGAUCGGAUGAUAACCAAAAUAAUUACAAGCUAAAUCUUCGUGUUUUCGACCAUGACACCUGCAGCAAAGACGAUUUUUUGGGGCAAUCCACGAUCUAUGUGAAGGAUUUAAUUGAAAUAGGAUUAGAGAAGGGCAAAGCGGAUUUUGGCACACAAAAAUUUAGGGUUAUUCUCGAUGACCUUAGUUACCAAGGUGAAAUUCAAGUUGCGAUUACUUUUACAGCCAAGAGUGAGACUGAGCAAUCGGAAUACUUGGUGGAGAAAGAAAAUAAUGGGUUUUUCAGUUGGAGAAGAUAUUUGUAAUGUAGAAAAUAGUCUGUAUUUUUUUAUAUUCUUAUAGACUAAUUUCUUAAAAAUAAUUCAUUAACUUAAUCCAGUA